UCUAAUUCACAAAGGUCUCUUAAGCUCUGUUAGACAACAAAGCAUCCUCUUUGCAAGUCUUUUAGCAUUACACUGCGAGAUCGCAAAGUUGCGAGAGUUUAGUGAAUUAGGCCCCGCUGGUCGUAUCCGAGCUGUUUCUUUGUUGCAGUAGUGCGUUCGUUAAACGGAGGAAUUCUUUGUAGAUAAUUGAAAAUGGCGGCGCCCAUGAGACGAUGGAUUGUUAGGAAACUGAUGUCUAGAUUCUUAAAAAGACCAAAACUAGACCAGAUUCAUUGCUGUUACUGCAACACUGCCAAGAAAAGGUAUGAUCUCGUGGUGAUUGGCGGUGGCUCUGGUGGACUGGCAUGUGCUAAAGAAGCUGCUGAAUUAGGCAAGAAGGUUGUUGUGCUGGAUUACGUAGCUCCUUCUACACAAGGUACCAAGUGGGGGCUUGGUGGGACAUGUGUCAAUGUAGGAUGUAUUCCCAAAAAGCUGAUGCACCAAGCUGCUUUACUAGGCCAGGCAAUAGAACAGUCGAGAGCUUUUGGCUGGAAUGUGCCUCCCGAAGUCCAGCAUUCAUGGGAAACUAUGUGCACUGCAGUACAAGGUCAUGUCAAAUCACUAAACUGGGGUCAUCGAGUGCAGCUACAAAGCAAAAAAGUGGACUACUUGAAUGCACAAGGAUCUCUGGUGGAUCAACACACAGUGAAAGCUGUCCAUGGAAAAGGCGAGGAAUAUUUGGAAACAGAUAAUAUUGUUGUUGCUGUUGGAGGCAGACCAAGACUUCCUUUUGAGGUUUCGGGAGUUUUACAACAUGCUAUUACCAGUGAUGAUAUUUUCUGGAUGAAAAAAUCACCUGGAAAAACGUUAGUUGUUGGUGCUAGUUAUAUUGCUUUAGAAUGUGCCGGAUUCCUCACAGGACUAGGUUUCGAUACAACUGUCAUGGUGCGAUCCAUUUUUCUGAGAAAUUUUGAUCAGCAACUGGCUAAUUUAUUAGCAGACUAUAUGGAGAAUGAAGGUACUCGAUUUAUCAAACAAUCCAUUCCCAUCAGCAUUGAUAAACUGUCCAGUGGACAACUGAAUGUGACCUACAGAGAUUCCACAGGGACCACACAUGAAGAGGUUUUUGAUACAGUCCUCAUUGCAACUGGACGCAAAGCUGAAACAGGAAAGUUGGGACUGGAAAAUAUUGGUGUUUCUCUGGACGCAGAGAGUUCAAAAGUGAUUGGAGGUCAUGGAGGUGAUACAGAGAGGAGCACGGUGCAACAUAUCUAUGCAGUAGGAGACGUCUUGCAUGGCAGACCUGAGCUGACACCUGUUGCCAUUAAAGCUGGGAAGUUACUGGCUCAUAGACUUUACAAUGGAAGCACUAUGCAAAUGAACUAUGAACAGAUUGCUACCACAAUUUUUACUCCAUUGGAGUAUGGCUGUGUCGGUAUUUCAGAGGAAACUGCAGUAGAGAAACACGGGGAAGAUAACAUUGAGGUGUAUCAUGCAUUCUAUAGACCACUGGAGUUUACAGUACCAAAUAAAGAUAGCUCUCAGUGCUAUAUCAAAGUUAUUUGUGAACGGGAACAUCCUUCAAAAAUUCUUGGUCUUCACCUGUUGGGGCCAAAUGCAGGGGAGAUAAUUCAGGGAUUCGCAGUGGCUAUCAAAGCUGGGUUGGAUUAUUCAACUCUGGUGAGCACUGUUGCAAUCCACCCGACCUGUGCUGAGGAGAUUGUCAAGAUUCACAUCACCAAGAGGUCCGGGCUGGAUCCGACAUCGACUGGAUGCUGAGGUUAAUCUCUGUCUCUGAACAUCAGAUCCUGGGCUCGAGAUUUAUUGCAGAAAAGUAAUUGUAGACUAUGAUAGAAACAAAAUUGAGAGGAGUGCUUAAUUGCUUCCCUUCAAUUUUGGGAGUCAUUUAAAAUAUCACCAUAUUGAUACCAUAUAAAUUCACAUGCUAAGGGGAGAUAAAAACUACUUUCCCUGAACAAAUCUCAGGAGAGCGAUAAGGAACAAGUUAUAGCUCACCUUAAACGGUGAGGUCUGUAAUUGUUAACAAAUAUAGCAGCUUAAGUGUCGAAUUCUUUUUUAAGAUUCAACAAAAUAAAGCAACAAUUAGUGAAAUUAAACCAAUGGUAAAAGAACAGAUAUUUGUUGAUGGAUGCA